GGCGCCUAUCUCAACGUUUCUGGAAGUUAAUAGCAAGUUCCUACAGUACUGACUUGAACCUUCGGUGAAACUUUCCUCAUUUGAAUUCAUCAUUCAAUAGUAUGUCUCUACCCUUUGUACCUGCUGUGGUACCACCUUUACCUCCAGGCUGGACUGAACAUAUCAGUCCCACCGGUCAGCCAUAUUACUACUACUCUCAGACACAGGAAUCGACGUAUGUGCGUCCCUUACCCGUCUUCCCCAUCCCACCAAUGCAGGGAACAGUACCUGUCACACAUCCAAAGAAGAAGAAAGAGAAGCCGUUAGUCAAGACACCAAUUCCUGGGAGCGAAUGGUUACGCGUUGUAACGACUGAAGGCAACACUUUUUAUACCCAUAAAGUGAAGAAGGAAAGUGUAUGGACUGUGCCUGAUGAAAUCAAGGAGGCUGUCGCUGCGCUGGAGAAGGAAGAGGCACAAGCUGCGGUGAAGAAAGCUGAAGACACGAAGAGGGCGGAAGAAGACAAGAAGAUCGAAGUGGAGAGGAUCAAGUCGGAGGUGAAGGACAUGGUUGGAAAACGGAAAGCAGAAAAGACCUUUCCUGUUGAAGAAGUUGUUAUUUCCAAGAAGCCGAGGGUGGAAGAAGAAGAAAGCGAGGAAGAAGAGGAAGAAGAAGAGAGUGAAGAAGAGGAGGAAUGGCAGCGGGAAGCUGCUGCACAACUCGCUGCAGAGGCGGAGGAACAGAAGAAGAUACAGGAAGAGCAGAAGAAGCGUGAAGAAGAGGAGAAGGCCAAGCAGCUUGCUGAAGCUGAAGCUCAAAAGAAUCGACCGCUGCACAUGCCUGAUCGUGUCGACCUCUCCGUAGAGGAAGCCAAGGCAUUGUUUAAGACUCUCCUCCGCGAGAAGGAUAUCAAUCCAUUGUAUCCUUGGGAUAUGUCCCUGCCGCUUUUUGUAUCUGACCCUCGUUAUGUUCUGCUACCCUCCGUUUCAGCACGAAAAGAGGCAUUCGAUGAGUAUUGUCGCGAUCGGGCACGGGAACUACGAGAGUCAAGAGUCAAGGAAGAGAAAAUUGCCUUACAUCCGAAAGAAGAAUUCGAGCGGUUACUACGUGACGAAGUCAAGAGCACUCGAACCAGUUGGACGGACUGGCGCAGGCAGUGGAAGAAGGAUAGGCGGUUUUACGGAUGGGGUAAGGAUGAUCGCGAGAGGGAGAAGAGAUUCCGAGAAUACCUGAAAGAAUUGGGCGAAAAGAAACGAGCUGCUGCUCAGAAGGCAGAAGCUGAUUUCUUUGCUCUGCUCAAAGAAAGUGGAAUUGCAAAGCCGGGUGCAGUUUGGAAGGAGGUCAAGCGGGAGAUUACUGAGGAUCCUCGCUAUGAUGCCGUGGGAUCGUCGUCUCUUCGUGAAGAACUCUUCAACGUGUAUCUAAAGGCCCACGGGGUUUCAUCUCAGGACUCUGGAAUGAGCAUCGAAGCGUCUGAGAGUCAGGCGAAGGAAACUACACCAAUGAGCCAGGAAGGCAAAGAACGCCAGCAACGCGAACGGAAAGAGCGUGCUGUGAAGGAACGAGAACAAAGGAUCAAGGUUGAGCGUAGCAAAGUCGAAGCCGACAUCGAUAAAUCCAGACAAGGGCUCAGUAAAGGGGAAGACGAACUUGAUUUCAAGUGCGUCGCAACGAUGCUAGUUGAUGCAGUGAGAGAUCCACAGGUUACAUGGGACGCCGUUCUCCCGCAGUUGAAGAAAGAUCCUCGCUUCACACGAUCCACCCUUCCACUUAACCAGCAGCUACAUUUAUUCCAUUCUCACAUCGGUCAACUACGUGCGAAACACCUCACCGGCCUCCACGGUCUUUUCGCCUCGCACGCACCGUCGUUGGCUACGCCAUUCACCGACUUGCCAGUUACCUCCUUGAUCUCAUCUCUGCCUGUAACAAAGUUGGGAUACGACAUUAACCGGCUAGAAGAUGAAUAUGAGAAGUGGCAGCGAGAAAGGACGGAGCAAGCUCGCCGGGAAUUUGACGAGAUGCUCAAUGAGAAUGCUUUUGUUGAGUUCUGGGGUCGCUUGGGCAAGAUUGGUGGUAAAGGCGUGGACGAGUCUAUCAAAGCAGACGAUAUAGGAGAAGAUUCUGAAGAAAUUGUUGAUAUGAAAGUGCUGGCGAAGACAGUUGAUCUGAAGGAGAUGGUAAAAGUGCUGAAGAAUGACAAACGUUAUCUCAAUUUCGAUCAUGUCCCAGAGCAACGAGAGCGAUGGAUAAGAGAACAUCUUUCACAUCUUUCGGCGCCCAAGCUCUCCGUACAUGUUCCACAACAACAGUAGUCGAUGAGCCCCCAUUGUCUGCCCAACCCGUAGUCUAACAGUGCUAGACAUUUCAAGUGUAUGUACUGUACCACUUGCUCAUAUGUAAUAUAGGGAACGUAUCAGCGCUGCGCUCAG